GUUUCCAUUUUCCAACUUCCACAUUUCUUUUCUUCUCUUCGUCCACUUCCAGCCCACCUCUAGCUGCUCCACCAAGCCCGCCGCCCACUGACCAAGACUUGAGCACCACCGUCGGAACCGACCAAGGUUCCAUCACCACCAUCUAAUUCCGACGCUGAAACGAGUUACCACUUCAGUAAAGAAUCAGACCACCAAAUUUCGGCCACAGAUUUAUAUAUAUAUUGAUUUGUAUUGGGUAUUGAUUUGUAUGUAGAUGGUAGAGAAGAGAGCUUGUGUAUAUGCUUCGAUGAGAUUCUGUAUGAACAUAGAAAAGCACAACUAUGAGAUUCAAAAUGAGUCUUGAACUUUUGGGUUUGCUUUUUUUACGUAUAAACAAUUUAAUGGAUUUAUCUCUAUCUUGAAGAGGGUUAAACCAAAAUUGGGGAUGAAGAAUUUUCCAAGUUUCUUCUUGUUUUUCCUUUCUAAUCUUGGUUUUGGUGUUCUUUAAUUAGGAAACCCACUGAGGUUGUCGUCUUUCAAUAGAUUCAAGAGCAAAAAGGGUCAAUUCACGAGGAACACACAAACAUUGGUUUGAACAUUCGUCUCGGGACACCGCCACCGUCUGGAUCACCACCACCAUUUGGGUUAAGCGUCGUGCAAGAUGGCAAUGUUGAGAUGUUGAGUCUGUGGGUUCCUCAGGAAGAAGUAGUAAGGGCAGGCGAAUACAAGAGUGAGGAAGGUGUAAUGAAUUGAAUGAUCAGGUAUCUGCAGAUGUAAAAACUUCACAAUAAUUUGCCUACGUGUCGCACUAUGAUUGGAGGGCUGCCAUCCUUUACUUAACAACAGACCGUUCCCCAGCUUUUUCUCUUCUUCUUUUUUUCCUGCAUCGAGUUUAUCGCCUCAACAAAGACCCACCGCCGCGACAACUUUGUUGAUGCCAUGAUAUAUUAACAUCUUUAUGUAUUUAUCAGCCCACGAGAUAUUUCGUUGAGUUGGGGCUACCCUUAUUUCUGGUCCUUAGUUUCUGCUGCCAAUGCUCGUGUGCUGCAACCGAAGCUGCCUCAUCAAUCAGGGUUUGGGAACUAGGAAAUUAAGGGGCUGCGAAGUGUGUAAAUUACCAUUGCCUAAUCCUCACUCGCUCAGGGAACCCACAUCUGAAUCCCGUUUUCGUUGGAGAGAAGGAAACGAAGAGAAGCUGAGAUUUCCAGAGUUGUGGGCAGCUCGUAGACAACAAACACGCGAGGUAGUAACCCAAACAAAUGCUGUCCAAGCCGCUAGCUCUAUCUUCUGCGUUAUGGGAUCCGUCUCAGAAGGGUGUUUUCCCGAGCAUGAUGGUAUUCAAGAGGCCUCAAGUCUCAGCUCUGAGGUCAUAUACUAGAGGGUUUAAGUCUGGGCAUGAGCGCCUUCAUAAAGGUCGUCCCAUAAUGUUGGGAACCCUCCUUUAUGCCAAUCAGGGACCCAAAAAAGAUGUAACUACCAGGAAACAAGAAGCAUAUCCUCAAAAUGUGGAUCUUCCACCAAUACUACCUAAGAAAAAGAAGAAACCCUUUCCCAUUCCCAUUAAGAAGCUCAAGCAGGCUGCAAGAGAAGACAAAAAACGUGCUGAAAUGAAUAUAGAGAAACCCCUCGAUCCUCCGAAAAAUGGUUUACUUGUUCCCGACCUGGUCCCUAUUGCUUAUGAAGUAUUAGAUGCCUGGAAAGUUUUGAUUAAAGGCGUGGCACAGCUCUUGCACAUUAUUCCUGUGUAUGCUUGCAGCGAGUGUUCUGAAGUUUAUGUGGCCCAGACUGGUCACCACAUUCAAAACUGCCACGGUCGCGCCAGUUCAUCUCGUCGAAGCUUCCACUCGUGGGUCAAAGGCUCCAUUACUGAUGUGAUUGUCCCCAUCGAGUCAUAUCAUCUCUAUGACCCUUUUGGUCGGCGCAUUAAGCAUGAUACUCGAUUUGAAUAUGACAGGAUUCCAGCUGUUGUAGAGCUAUGCAUCCAAGCAGGUGUUGAAAUACCAGAGUACCCUUCACGCCGAAGAAUCAGACCCGUUCGAAUGAUUGGGAAGAAAGUGAUUGAACGAGGUGGGUUUGUUCGGGAGCCUAAGCCAUGGUGUUCUACAAAUUCAUCUUCUCUUGUUGAUCUCGAUACAUAUGGGGCAUAUGGACGGUUUCCACCUCCACCAUCAUCAGAUGUAGCAAGGAUUGCACACGAGACAAUGGAUGCAUAUGAAAUUGUCAGAUGGGGUGUGGAGAAGUUGAUGAGGAAAUACACUGUGAAGGCAUGUGGGUAUUGUUCAGAGGUUCAUGUGGGUCCUUGGGGUCACAAUGUUAAGCUGUGUGGGGAGUUCAAGCACCAAUGGAGAGAUGGAAAGCAUGGUUGGCAGGAUGCGACAGUAGAUGAAGUUUUCCCUGCAAAUUAUGUGUGGCAUGUUCAAGACCCAAAGGGGCCUCCUUUGAGGGGUGCACUCAGGAGGUUUUAUGGCAAGGCUCCUGCUGUGGUCGAGGUGUGCAUGCAGGCAGGUGCACAAAUCCCUGUAAAAUACAAGCCCAUGAUGAGGCUUGACAUUGUAGUCCCUGAGAGUGAGGAGGCACGCUUAGUUGCCUAAUGCAGUCUAUGGUGGUAAUUUGGGAUGAUGAGUGUAAUCAGUCCAUGAAAAUGAUACCAUCUUUCCAAAGACUCAAAAGUAUAGUCAGGUAAUAGCAUGUCAGGAUGAUCAUCCCAUUUUAAUUCUUGACAGUCUCGUACUGUAUAUAAGCACACUCAAUUGAGUAACAAUUAUGUUUGAAUAUUAGAAAAGAAAAUAUACACAGUAAAUAAUUUAAUGAGUGGAGGGGCAGAUUAUAGAUUC